AUGCAACCUUGCCAACAUGAUCGGCGAGGUGGUGAUUGCCGUGCAGUGCAGGAUCAACUUCAAAACGUUCGAGAGAUCUUUUCAACUGAUGGUGCCUUCGCGGCUUUGCUUCAAAAUGGAGGAGUUGUUGCAUGGGGCGAUCCAGUGUUUGGUGGUGACAGCAGUUUGGUUCAGGAUCAACUAGAACAUGUGCAAGAGAUCCACACCUGCGGAUUUGCUUUUGCUGCAGUUUUGCAUGAUCGACGUGUGGUGACAUGGGGCGCCUCAGGGUAUGGUGGCGACAGCACAGAGGUGCAGGAUCAGCUUGAAAACGUUCAGGAGAUCUAUGCAACACAUUGGGCCUUCGCCGCCGUGCUGAGCACUCGACGAGUCGUUACAUGGGGUGUGGCGGAGUCUGGUGGCGAUAGCAGCCUGGUGCAGGAUGAGCUGAGAGAUGUGAAGAAGAUCUAUGCCAAUGAGAAGGCCUUUGCAGCAGUCCUCAGCAAUGAUACCGUGGUUACAUGGGGUGAUGCCAAGUCUGGUGGUGACAGCAGCCAUGUACGAGAUCGACUGAAGAAUGUGAAGGAGAUCAUGGGCACUGCAGAAGGGGCCUUCGCUGCACUCUUAGGUGAUGAAACAGUUGUUACUUGGGGUGCUAUGGAGCAAGGAGGGGACAGCCGCCAUGUGGAGCAUCAGCUGCAGGGAGUGCAGAGCAUUCAUGCAACGCGAUGCGCCUUUGCGGCGCUCCUCCGAGAGGGUCGCGUGAUCACGUGGGGCGACGCGAGAUACGGCGGCGACUGCUGGCAGGUUCAGGAGCAGCUGAAGCAGGUGCAACAGAUCCAUGGUGCCGAUGAUGCCUUCGUUGCAGUGCUGCGUGAUGGUGCGGUGGUCACGUUUCAUGAUCUCUACGCCAUGGCCGUGCCACUCUUUCUGCCCGACCGCAAUGGCUUACAUCACACGGCCUUCACGUUCCUCUCCAGAUUCCAGAAGUCCUUAACGACCGGCAUGCCCUUCAAAGAGAGGCUUCCAGAGAUGGAGGAGAAGGAGACCCAUCCCUUCUCCCCCUUUGACUUUGAGUACUUGGAAGUGCGUGAGUUUUGGCUGGACUACACCGAGUAUGUGACGGCUCCUGCCAUCCUGCACUUCGCCAGCCUACCAGACCUUUUAGUCCAGGUCUACCAGCUGGAUGCCAUCAAAACUCAUGGUCGGAUACGUGCCCACAAUGCCAGACGCCUCCGUGAAAGUCGAAACUUUUGGUCCAACGCCCUGCAGCGCCUCGCGACGCCCUGGGCGCCCUGGGGGGGCGAGCACUGGGACGCCUCCUGCGGGGCGGAGCAUCCGUUGAAGCCGCAGGGCAGCGUGCUGUGGUCGCCAUUGGACGGUGCUCCGUGGAUCCACGCUGCGCCCAGCAGGGCCGAGCCGCUGCUGAUCAUGGACGGUGCGGACGGUGCGCUGAGUGCGGCGGUGAGGGAGGCAGUGGAAGAGUUUCAGAGGAGAGCCAAGCCGUCACACUCGGAAGUCUUUGCAGGUGCGCUGGACUGGAAGGCCAUCCAUCAACGCCUGAAGGGCUGCGCAGGUGGUCGAAGAGUCGAGAAGCUCCGGUGUUUGCUGGUGAUGGAGCGAGUGAGGCCGUUCCUGCCGCUGCUCCGCCUUACGGAUCUGGUCCGUAAAGGGCGCCGACAGCUCUCACGUCUACUGGACCCUGAGGGGAGUGUGGCCUUGGCAAUUUGGCGCAUGAGGAAGUGUGUGGUUCUUCUGCCUGAACCAGGCUUUCAGGAAGUGAUUGCUUAUCACUUCCCAUACCUCAAGCUCAACAACCAGGAGCUUCUUUGGCCGAACAGAACAACGAGCUCCUCCAGCACGGGCUUUGGGCACCGCCAAAUUCGGGCGCCACAUUUCCUGGUGUCGCGGCUGUCCUCCCAGCUCCGGCGCGAGCGGCUCCUCCACCGCGCCGGGCGGCGGCAGUUCGUGCGGCAGCUGCAGCGGCUGCGGGCCGAGACGCGGUGA